UUUCAGUGUAGAGGAUGCAUGCAGUGUACACAUAGCAGGGAUCCGACCUAACGUGCAACAACAGACAUUCAGAGAGAGUUCAGCAUGCCAAACAGUGAACCCAGAUAACGCGCUGAUGGAAACUGCAGACCGGUUGAAUCGCAGGGAAGAAUGGACAGAGCUGACGACGACUCCUGGUGUGUGUCCGGUCUCUAAGCCUCGUUCUCAGCUGUGAACAUUGGGACCAUGGUGUGUAAGGUGAGAGGCCUUCCUAGGGGAAGUUACUGGGGCCUUGGACUUGUUUGGGUCCUUGCAGGGCCUGUGUGCUUUUUGACCCUUCCGGGCUACUGUGGUCUCCUGCUGCUGGUCUGUGUCCUCUGCUGGAGUUACGUUGUCCUCGGCAGGCAGGGGGAGAUGCUGGCGAUGUGUGGGAGAUCAGUGCUGAUUACAGGGAGUGACACAGGUUUUGGUCACGCUCUGGCUAAGAAGCUGUAUGACGAGGGAGUGACUGUCUUUGCUGGAGUCCUGGAUGAGCAGAGUCCCGGAGCUAUGGAGCUACGGAGGCAUGGUGGCGGGGGUGGGGGGGGGCUUGACGUGACGGACCACGAGCAGAUCCAACAAGCUCACCGAUACAUCUGUUCCCACGUUGGAGAAACUGGGCUCUGGGGCGUGGUGAACAACGCAGGGAUCCUGGGAUAUGUAGCAGACGGGGAGAUCUUGCCUCUCAGAGUGUACAGACAGUGCCUGGCUGUCAACUUCCUGGGAGCAGUGGAUGUGUGUCAGGUGUUGUUCCCCCUGCUGAGGAGACCCAGAGGACGGGUGGUUAAUGUCUGCAGCAUGGCAGGAGACGUGCCGAUCCCGUGGUUUGCUGCGUACGCUGCAUCCAAGGCAGCACUCAUCCGCUUCAGUGGAGUGAUGAGACUGGAACUGGCCAGAUGGGGGAUUCAAGUAGCCAUAGUCCAACCAGCAGGAUUCAGAACAUGUAUAUUUGGGAGCAGUGAAGAGUGGAAUCGAGGCCAAGAGGAGAUCCUCACAAAUCUCUCAAACGAUGCCAGGGAGGAUUACGGAGAAGAUUACAUCUUGUCUAUACAGAACUGCUUCGCCAGCAUGGUCAAGCGGUCAGAAGAGGACCUGGGUCCUGUGCUGGACAUCCUGUCCCAUGCCCUGAUGUCGCAGGCCCCCAGACCCCUCUACUCCCCUGGGGCAGUGGGCUGGCUCAUUCCCUUCCUGCACCGCCACUGUCCCACCAAGCUCUACGAUGCCAUCAUCACAAGUGUGUUUCAGUUCGAUGGCUGUUACACUCCACAUGGGUUACAAGAGAACGUGAGCUCAAUGAUUUUGUGACCUAUGCUGAGAUCCACUUCCUGUCAGACAAGUUAGGCGACAGUAUGCAGGUAAUUCUCUGUAUCCAGCAAGGUAAUGCUUUCAAGAUUAUAAUCUCUCCUCCUUCCUCAUAGCUGUGCAUUAGACUUGGCCUAUCUGGUCGAUCUAAAUUAGCUCAAGAAAAAAAUUCAUGCAUUAUAUGUACCUUUUUAGAUUUGUCUACAGAUAUCUUCCUUCAGCAUGACAACUAAAUCUGAAUGUGUAAAUUCGGUUGUAAAAUGUAAACAUGUUUGCAGUGCCUAAAUGUCUUCCUCCGUUGAGAUAUUUGAUUUCUCCGAUAGACAACCUCUUUGUCAACGUGGUCCAUCUUGACUUACUCUGAGGGUACUGUCAUUUCCAUCCUAGGUCAGUUGUCCACUCAUUCCAGAACAGUUCUCAGAUUAUUCAAAUGUACCUGAAGUGCCUGGUAAAUUCCU